GACGUUUAUCACUUACUGCUGUGCUGUGCUGUGCUGUGGAAACAACAGGCGUUCAGAGAAGUGAGAAAUCCUCUCCUCUGAGCGGUCAUUCUGAAGCGACGUCCAUUCGUGAUGACAGGAGGCACAGCAGCACUGUGUUCAUCACCAUUUAUAGAAAUACUUUUAGUUCAUUCAAAAUGUGGUAACAAAAAAAAAGAGGAGACAACACCAGGCUACAGAUGCGACAGCAGAUCAACUGGAAGGAAUACUUUCUCAAAAUCUGUGAUCUGGUGUCAGAGUGCUCGUCUGAGGCCUUUCACUGCAGCUAUUUUCUGUCCUUCCCUACACAAUGGAGAUCGAAAAUGAAAAGGAAGCAGCCUGUGGCAGCAAAUGAGUGAAAAGAAUGCAAGGUGUGAUGAGACAAAGGAACAAAGGAUGCCUUAGAGGAGAGGUUGCCUAUAUGCCUGGAAACCUCUUCAAAGCACACCACCAAAUGGAUAUAACGCCUCCCCCUGCCACCUCUAGAUCAUGAGACUUGGCUGAAGCUAUUUCGCUAUCUUUAUGAUCCCUCCUCCAUCUAUGGCGAACUAUAGCCAUGCAGGGGACCACACCAUCUUGCAGAAUGUCUCUCCUCUCGCCACGUUCCUCAAACUGACCUCUCUGGGUUUCAUCAUUGGAGUCGGUGUGGUUGGAAACCUCCUGAUCUCCAUCCUGCUGGUCAAAGACAAGAGCCUGCACCGAGCGCCCUACUAUUUCCUGCUGGACCUGUGCGCCUCUGACAUCCUGCGCUCCGCCAUCUGCUUCCCCUUUGUCUUCACCUCGGUCAAGAAUGGAUCGGCCUGGACCUACGGCACGCUGACCUGCAAAGUGAUCGCCUUCCUGGGUGUCCUUUCCUGUUUCCACACAGCGUUUAUGCUAUUCUGUGUCAGUGUCACACGCUACCUUGCCAUCGCCCACCACCGUUUCUACACCAAGAGGCUGACCUUCUGGACCUGUCUGGCUGUCAUCUGCAUGGUGUGGACGUUGUCAGUGGCUAUGGCGUUCCCGCCGGUGCUAGAUGUAGGGACAUACUCUUUUAUCCGAGAGGAGGACCAGUGCACGUUCCAGCACCGUUCCUUCAGGGCGAACGACUCGCUGGGCUUCAUGCUCCUGCUGGCGCUCAUUCUCCUGGCCACACAGCUGGUUUACCUCAAGCUCAUCUUCUUCGUGCAUGACCGUCGGAAGAUGAAGCCUGUCCAGUUCGUGCCUGCUGUCAGCCAGAACUGGACCUUCCACGGACCAGGCGCCAGCGGGCAGGCGGCGGCCAACUGGCUGGCCGGAUUCGGUCGAGGCCCCACCCCGCCUACCCUGCUGGGCAUCCGGCAGAACAGCAACGCAGCGGGCCGCAGGCGUCUACUGGUAUUGGAUGAAUUCAAAACAGAGAAGAGGAUUAGUAGGAUGUUCUACAUCAUGACGUUUUUCUUCCUGGCACUGUGGGGGCCCUAUCUGGUCGCCUGCUACUGGCGGGUGUUUGCAAGGGGCCCUGUGGUCCCCGGUGGCUACCUGACAGCGGCCGUGUGGAUGAGCUUUGCCCAGGCUGGGGUCAAUCCGUUCAUCUGUAUCUUCUCCAACAGGGAGCUCCGGCGCUGCUUCAGCACCACACUCCUCUACUGCAGAAAAUCCAGGUUACCAAGGGAACCCUACUGCGUUAUAUGAAGGUUUUGCUGUUUUUUUCUCAUCUUUGUCUCUAAUUCCCUGAUUGAUCUUGAUAUGGGCUUGUUCCCAUUGUACAGCGCACUCUCUCUUCUAUCUCUCUUCUCUUCAUCCUCCAGUUUUCCCUCCUGUUCCUCCUUCUCCUAACCCUUGUUUUCAGAGGUAGAAGGUUGGACUGCCAAUCUCGAGGCUCUGCCAGGGUGAUUGAAUACUAUCAAACAUGGAGGCUGGAGGGAGUGGGAAUACGCAGGAGGUCUGGAUCCCCCCUCCUGUGUUUAUGUUCUAAUAAACGGACAUUGUGGAAGGCCAUGCCAAUGCAGAGAUGCAAAAAGUUGAAAAAAAAGAAAAAAGAAUUGACAAAACACUCAAAACAAACCCUCUUGCUUUGGAUAUUUUGAAGAUUCUGUGAGGUGUGAAAUACGUAAAAAUGAAAAGAAAAAAGAACAAAAAACAAAGAUAUGAUUCCUCUCAAGGAAUCACUGGAAAUGUUUUACAUUUUAAAGAGUUGCACUAAAAAGAAGAUGUAAAGAUGCUUUUUUUUGGUCAACAGUUGCCGGUUGAAUUGCAAGGACAACUUUUCUCUUUUUUCCAAACGAAACAAUGAAUGCUUUAAUUUGCAACAGACUACACAACCGCUGUAAGUAAAGCAAAGCUUGGUGACUGUUGGAAUACACCAUCACAAGAGGAUAAAAUGGUUUUAAUGUAAGUGAUAUCCUUUUCAUUUACAGGGC